AUGGAAGGAAACAACUAUGAUAUGAUAUUAGUUUUAAACUUUGGAUCUCAAUAUUUUCAUUUAAUUGUCAAGCGAUUGAAUAAUAUAAAAAUAUACAGUGAAACAAAAGAUUAUAAUGUUGAUUUAAAAGAUAUUCAGAAUUUAAAUAUAAAGGGAGUUAUAUUUUCAGGAAGCCCACAUUCCGUUAAUGCAAAAAAUGGACCUCAUGUAAAAAAAGAAGUAUUAAAUUAUUUUAUAGAAAAUAAGAUUCCUAUAUUUGGUAUAUGUUAUGGUAUGCAAGAAAUAGCUUUCCACAUGAACGGAAAAGUUGGUAAAUCAAAAAAUUCUGAACAUGGAAGUACUGAUGUAACAUUCAUAUCACAUGACUAUACAGGCAAUGCAUUAUAUAAGAAUUAUAAAUUAUUAGAAAAGGAUACUAAUUGCAUAUUAUUUGAUGAUAUAAAAGAUACGAGCAAAAUGAAUGUAUGGAUGAAUCAUACAGAAGAGGUAACUGAAAUUCCUGAAAAUUAUUAUUUAAUAAACUCAAGUGAAAAUUGUUUUAUUUGUGGAAUUUAUAAUAAAGAAGAUAACAUAUAUGGUGUUCAAUUCCAUCCAGAAGUAUAUGAAACAUUAGACGGAGAUCAAAUGUUUUAUAAUUUUGCAUAUAAAAUAUGUAAAUGCACUAAAACAUUUGAUCCUAUAAAAUAUCAUGAAAUCGAAUUUGAUAACAUCAAAAAACAUGCACAGGAUCAUUAUGUAAUUGCUGCUAUGUCAGGAGGUAUCGAUAGUACUGUUGCUGCUGCAAUGACACAUAAAAUAUUUAAAGACAGGUUUUUUGGAAUAUUUAUAGAUAAUGGUUUAUUACGAAAAAAUGAAGGAGAAAAAGUUUAUACAUUUAUAAAAAGUACAUUUCCUGACAUGAAUAUAACAAAAAUUGACGCCUCUGAAAAUUUCUUAAAUCAAUUAAAAGGUGUUACAGACCCAGAGCAAAAAAGAAAAAUCAUCGGAAAAUUAUUCAUAGAAGAAUUUGAAAAAGCAGUAUAUAGUAUGGAUAUAGAUAUUGAAAAAACAUAUUUAUUACAAGGAACACUAUAUCCUGAUAUUAUAGAAAGUAAAUGCUCGAAAAAUUUAUCCGAUACUAUUAAAACCCAUCAUAAUGUAGGAGGGUUACCAAAAAAUUUAAAAUUCAAAUUAUUUGAACCAUUUAAAUUUUUAUUUAAAGAUGAUGUUAAAAAAUUAUCACAAGAAUUAAACUUACCAAAAGAAUUAACAAAUAGACACCCAUUCCCAGGACCUGGUUUAGCAAUAAGAGUUAUUGGAGAAAUUGAUAAACAUAAAUUAGACAUUUUAAGAGAAGUAGAUGAUAUAUUUAUUAAUUCUUUAAAAGAAUUUAAUCUAUAUGAUGAUAUAGGGCAAGCAUUUGCCGUCAUAUUUUCAUCAAAAUCGGUAGGAGUAAGAGGAGAUGCACGAUCCUAUGAUCAUAUAUGUGCACUAAGGGCCGUAAAAACAACAUCAUAUAUGACAGCAAGUUAUUAUAAAAUUCCACAUGACAUUUUAGAAAAAAUAACUACUCGUAUAUUGAGUAACGUCAAGGGAGUUAACAGAAUACUUUAUGAUAUCUCUUCUAAACCCCCAUCCACAAUAGAAUUUGAAUAA